CGCUAGUCGCUUUUUACAAAAAAAAGUCGCUAAAUAUAGCGACAAAGUCGCAAAGUUGGCAACACUGCAACUGGCUCUUCUUUAGCGCUGUGCGUUUUUAACUGCUUUUACGUUUUUAACUGGGUCCCUUUUUUUCAGACGGUCCCUUGCGAUCUUCAGCGCCUCCUGCUGCAGUGAUUCCGUCUAUUUUCAUUAAAUGUUUUGGGAGAAAGGGAAAGUCAGGACUUUUGGGCAGAUAUAAUGUGUAUAGUUUGUUUUCUUUUCCUCUGUAGUUUGGAAAAUGUAGUUUGGAAGAGUUUAUGACGUUGUUUGUGAGCAAGAGAAGGGAUAAAAAGCAUAAAUAAGUAGAAUUUAGAGUAAAAACCAGCUGAGCAGCUCGUCUUUCUGCCGGAGUGACGUAUUGUUUGCGCAGACAGACAGACAGACAGACAGCAGCAGUGUGUACACCUUGAUUCCUCAGCUCCGGAGCUCAGUUUGAGGAAGUUCUCUACAGCUGAAGGCUGUGUUUCUACUUUUCCCUGAUGCCACAGACCUUCAAACGAAUGGAGGGCAAGACGGGGGUGCCCUUACCUCAGCUCAGCAAUGAGAUGCAGCUGGAUAUUAUGCACAAGGUGAAGAACGGGGAGCUGAGUAUCGAUGAUGCUCUGGACUUGGCCAGGAGGGACCGUCAGCAGCUGCUGCAGAAAAGUUUCGAUACCGAGGAAAAGCAAGCCUUGCAGUACAACUUCAGCGUGCACAAAUUAGGCGGCUACAGAUGGCAAAAACGUGUAUUGCAGAUCGACUUCAACACGAAGAUGAUGUGCAGCAUCGAAAGAGGCAUUGUGAAGAGGCAGUUUCCUUUCACAGAGGUGAAAAACUGCCACGACGCCUCCGGGUCCAAGUUCACCGUGUCAUUCAAGGGCCACCAUGACUACGAGCUGGAGGCCAUGUCCCCACAGGACAAGCAGAAGAUUAUGGAACUGAUACAUCAGAUCAUCUACAGGAACAUCCAUCCUGUAGACACACUUGAGGAGCCCAGCAAGCCACCAGCCUCCCCCACACAGCUUCACGAGGGACAGCUAUUACUGCAGAGGGGAGGCCUAGCAUCAUGCAAAUGGAAAAUGUAUGAUGCUCACCUGUACACAGGCCAGCUGACCCUGCUGCCGGUUGGCUAUCGGCCGGCCUCCAAUGACACGGAUGUGCCGUUCACUCCCAGCCAGCCGCUCGUCAUUCACCUAUCAGACGGAAAUGCGAGUGUAGAGACCCUUCGGUCCAGUGACACCUUCAUACUGCUCACCAACCAGAACGAGUUCCAUUUCCGGGUUCCCAUGGGUGAGCAGAUGAACACAGAGGACACCAGGAGUGAGCGGGACACCUGGGUCAAAGCCAUCGACAAGCAGUGCGUGGACUGGAAGCGCAAAUCCCAGUAUGAAAACAUACACAAAGAAGACCUUCACAGCGGACAUAUGGUACCAGUGAUGUUACCCCAGAACCUCUUCAAACCCCUGCCAGCUCCAGUUCCUUUUCCUUUUCCUGAAGCAGCUUUAGCACUAAAACCAUCGCCUGAUUUCAAGCCACAGCCAAGACCAAGAAAAAAAACCCAGGUCUUUUCAUCAGAGAGCAGAUCAGAACCAGCACCACAGCUGAAGCAGAGUCAGUCUCCAACAUCUCCUCCAGCCCUGGUCCCUCCACCUCCUUUACCACCUCCACUACCCAUGAAGAAGAAAAAAUCCCAAUUAAUGAGGACCAAGGCGUUUCACUGGGAUCUCCUGUCUAAAGAGAAGAUUGUGAAGUCAGUCUGGGCGCGGGGAAGCCCUCGAGAAAUUGAAAUCGACACCAAGCGUUUGUGCGAGCAAUUUGGAGUCAAAGACUCGGGCCACUUUUCUAACUCGGAGUCAAGCAAUCAUGUUGAAAUCAUGCUGAGUGUGAAAAUUGCACACAACUUCAAUAUUUUCCUCAAAAGUUUUCCAGUGCAGCCAAAAGAACUCAAGGACAAAUUGUUCAUUGUUAAUGAGGGAGAUGGAGGCCUCUCCGAUGAACACAUCACAUCCCUCCGGAGGUAUGUGCCGACGGCUGAUGACAUAGAGAUGUAUAAGUCCUAUAAAGGAGACGUGAAUGAACUGCACAUCGUUGAUCAAUACAUGAUGGAGCUGUGUAAUAUCCCGUACCUGAGCACCCAGCUGGACCUGCUGCUGACCCUCAGAGAACUGCCCAUCAGUAUGGACGAUCUGAAACCGCUGAUUAGCCAGAAGAUCCACAUGUGCCAGCAGCUGUGGGGCUGUGAAGCGUUCGUCUGCGUGCUGGAGUACCUCCUGACCAUCGGCAAUUACCUCAACCAGCACGCCGGCAAGGAAAAGGCCAAGGGAUUCCGUCUCUCAUCUCUAACUAAGCUCAUGCAACUGCGUGGGAACGAGAGGAAGUUCACCUUGAUGCACGCCCUUGUGGAGCAGAUCAUGUUGCACGAGCCCCGUUUGGCCACUUUUUUCCGGGAGCUGGCGGAAUUCGAGACCGUCCCAGGGGCUUCAAUUAAAGGCCUAACAGCUGAAGUGGAUGUUUUGAAGAAUGAGCUACAGAAGGUCAUUCAGUACAGGAAAACGUACAAGGGGAAAAACCUGGGCAGCCAGCACACAAAAUUCACCAAGGAUCUGAAGGCGUCCAUCGAGAAGUACGAGGCCGAUCUGAACCACCUGACGAAGAGGUGCGACGAGAUGAGGAAACUCUACACUGACAUAUUGGUGAAAUUCGGCGAGCCGUUGAAUCAGGAUUCUCAGGAAGUGUUUGGCUGGGUGUGCCAGUUCAUCAACGAAUUCAAAAGGACUCAUUCAGAGCUGACACGCUGAGAAAUUCACCCACCUGCACACAAAUAUAUAUAUAUAUAUAUAUAUGUAUAUAAAUAUAUAUAUACAAAAAAAAAUAUAUAUAUAUAUAUACACAUAUAUAAAUAUAUAGACAUAUAUGUAUAUAAAUAUAUAUAUACAAAAAAUAUAUAUAUAAAUAUAUAGAUAUAUUCUUUUUAGUUUACUUGUUUUAUCUUUGACUAAUAUUUAAAUUUGUUUCAUGAUCUGAAACAUUUAACAAGCAAAACAUGACAAACAUGCAAAAAAAAAAAAAAAGAAAUUAUGAAUGGGGCAAAAACUUUUUCACACCACUGUAUGUAAAUAUAUAUAUAUAUAUAUAUA